AUGGCACCUUCCAAGUCCAAAAAGACGGCCAAGACCAAUGUCAGCGCCAUCGCCUCUUCCCUUUCCGGACAAGGAGAUUUCACGCGCAAAAAGGCAAAAGUGGGGGUGAAAAAGGUGGGCAGCAACGCGACGAGGACAGAUUUCAAGGCGAGAUCCAUCGCGCUGCCCAAUCAAUCCGUGCUCGGCGCGGCACAUCGCAACGACGAGACACCGCAAGGCGCAGAGGCAUCGUUGGAGGAUGCGAGGACUAGAAGAGGCUUGGGACUGGCCCAGCUGGUGGUGCAGACGAGGCACUACAGCAAGGAUGUAAAGAGGG